UGCCAGCACUCUGCGCGUUGCGUCAGCGCGUAGUGGAGGAGGCGGCGGCGGCGUGUUGCGCCAGAGUCACGUGACGCCAGUGUUCUGUUCCUGACCUCGGGCGUUGCCUGUGUGGCACCUUGGUCCCGUGCGGGUGAUUGACAGGUCGCUGGUGCAGAGGGCGAUGCCGGGCAUCAAAGGGCAGCAGGAGCGCAGCAGGCCGAAGCUGGACGUUCUGCUGUUGAAACGAUUCCUGCGGAUCCAGGCCAUCCUCUUCCCAUCAUGGUCGUCGCAGAGUGUGCUGAUGUUCGCCACGCUGCUCUCUGUAGCAUUGCUGGAGCAGCUGGUGGUUUACCAGGUGGGGAUUGUCCCCAGCCGCUUCUUCAAAGUUCUGGGCAGCAAGGACCUGGUUGGUUUUAGAGACCUGACCUCCGUAGCCAUCUGCCUCAUCGUGGCCAACUCUCUGCUGAAGAGUUUUGACCAAUACAUCUCGAACCUGAUGUACAUCAGAUGGAGGAAGAGCCUGACCCAGAACCUGCACCGGAUCUACUUCAGGAGGAAGGUCUACUACACCCUGAACGUUCUCCACACCAGCCUGGACAACCCCGACCAGCGCAUCAGCCAGGACGUGGAGAGGUUCUGCCGAGGGAUGAGCACGAUGGCCACCAACCUCAUCAUCUCCCCCUUCACCCUGACCUACUACACCUACCAGUGCUUUUACAGUACGGGCUGGCUGGGCCCCGUCACCAUCUUCAUAUACUUCAUCAUCGGCUCCGUGGUCAACAAGGCUCUGAUGGGACCCAUUAUCCCAACCCUCGUACAACAGGAGAAGCUGGAGGGAGACUUCCGAUUCAAGCACAUGCAGGUCCGUGUCAACGCCGAGUCAGCAGCUUUCUACCGAGCAGGACGGGUGGAGCAGAUGCGAACAGACCGGAUACUCCAGGAGCUGCUUCGUACACAGGGGAGGCUGGUGACCAGGGAACUGCGGCUCUACAUCGGAGUGAACAUCUUCAACUACCUGGGCAGCAUCGUCAGCUACUUGGCCAUAGCCAUCCCCAUCUUUGCGGGCCGCUACGAUGGUCUUGCCCCGGCUGAUCUGAUUGAGCUCGUCAGCAAGAAUGCCUUUGUGUCCAUCUACCUCAUCAACUGUUUCAGCCGUCUCAUCGACCUCUCGACCACUGUCUCUGAGCUUGCCGGCUACACACACAGAAUCGGGGAACUGCAGGAGGCGAUCGGCCGUCUCUCCGCAUCACGAGGCAGGCGCGGAGCCUCCACGCUCGAAGACCUGCCCCCGUCGCAUGAGAGCGGCUUGGAUUCGGAGGAGGAGGAGGAGGGAGAGAUGGAUGGGCAGGGGCAGUCUGACCACACUGCCUUCAUCCUGGAGCGGGUUUCCUUCACCGCCCCCUGGUCUGAGGAGCUGUUGGUGAAGAACCUGACCCUGAAGAUCACGUCGGGACAAAGCCUCCUGAUCAUCGGCAACACGGGCACCGGGAAGACCACUCUGCUCCGGGUCCUGAACGGAUUAAGGGAGAUUACCCAGGGCUCUCUCCGCAUGGCCACCUGCUUUGGGCCUCGAGGGAUUCUCUUCCUCCCACAGAAGCCCUACUUCACUGACGGGACCCUCAGGGAACAGGUGAUUUACCCUCUGAAGGAAAUCUACCCUCUUUCAGGAUCAGCCGAUGACAAAAGAAUUCUCCACUUCUUGGAGGCCACCGGCUUGGGGCCUCUGCUGAAGAGGACGGGCGGGCUGGAUGAGAGAGUCGGUUGGAACUGGUGAGUCACUUUUAAUUUUCUCCAAGUGGUGCAGUGGUGGAGUAGCUGCCUGUACGGAAUUUGUACGUUCUCCCCGUGACCUGCGUGGGUUUUCUCCGGGAUCUCCGGUUUCCUCCCACACUCGAUAGACGUACAGGUUUGUAGGUUAACUGGCUUGGGUGUAAAUGUAAAAAUUGUCCCGAGUGUGUGUGUGUGUGUAGGAUUGUGUCAGUGUGCAGGGAUCGCUGGGUGGCACGGGCUGAGGGGCCUGUUUCCGCGCUGUAUCUCUAAUCUAAAAUAAGGCUUCAAGUCAAGAGAAUCCCUGAGGAAUGAGCUUUGGUUCCGAAGGUCCCAGGAUCUGUUGCCUUCACGAUUCACAGCCCACACAGGAGUCUCUGUGAGUGACCCAGAGUCCGGACAGUGUGGACCCUCUACAGAAAGGCAUGGAUAGAAGGGAUGUGGAGAGGAUGUUUCCACCAGUGGGAGAGUCCAGGGGCCAGAGGUCGUACUCUCAGAAUUAAAGGACGUUCCUUUAGGAAGGAGAUGAAGAAGAAUUUCUUUAGUCGGAGGGUGGUGAAUCUGUGGAAUUCAUUGCCAAAGAAAGGCUGUGGUGACCAAGUCAAUGGAUGUUGUUACAUUAUAUAUUGAUAGAUUCUUGAUUAGUACGGGUGUCAGACGUUAUGGGGAGAAGGCAGGAGAAUGGGGUUAGAUAGAUCAGACACGAUUGAAUGGAAUUGAAUGACCAAAGAGAGAUCAGGCAUGAUUGAAGGGCGGAGUAGACUUGAUGGGCCGAAUGGCCUAAUUCUGCUCCUAGAACUUAUGAACCCGCUCCCCACCGUGUCCACGUCAGUUAAUACAGGAGAGGAACUCGGAGCAGGAGCUGAACAUCCUCAGCCUCGAUCAGCGAUUAUAGUUUUAUUUUAGAGAUACAGCGCAGAAACAGGCCCUUCGGCCCACCGAAUCCGUGCUGACCAGCGAUCCCCACACAUUAAUGCUAUUCCUGCACGCACCAGGGAACAAUUUACAAUCACACAGAAGCCCAUUAACCUGCAAACCUGAACGUCUUUGGAGCGUGGGAGGAAACCGGAGCACCCGGGGAAAACCCACAAGGUCACGGGCAGAAUAUACAAACUCCGUGCAGACAGCGCCCCGUAGUCU